AUGACAACGCAAGCCCAGCUACACUGCUUCUGUCUCCUCACACUUUACUUGACAACUGGAUAUGGGCAAGAGGGAAAGUUUAGUGGACCCCUAAAACCCAUGACUUUUUCCAUUUUUGAAGGCCAAGAACCGAGUCAACUCAUAUUCCAGUUUAAGGCCAAUCCUCCUGCUGUGACUUUCAAACUAACGGGGGAGACAGAUGGCAUAUUUCAGAUACAACCUGAUGGACUUCUAUAUCACAACAAAACCCUGGACAGGGAAACAAGAGCUGUUCACAGACUGCAGGUCUCAGCCCUGGAUGCUCAGGGCAAUACAGUGGAGGGCCCGGUCCCUGUCACCAUCGAAGUGAAGGACAUCAACGACAACCGACCUGUUUUUCUCCAGCAACAUUAUGAAGGCUCAGUAAGGCAGAAUUCUCGCCCAGGAAGGCCCUUUAUGUAUGUCAAUGCUACAGACUUGGAUGAUCCAGCCACACUCAAUGGCCAACUUAUUUAUCAGAUUCUCAUGCAGCUUCCUAAGGUCAACGAUGUCAUGUACUUUCAGAUCAACAACCAAACGGGAGGAAUUUCACUUACUCCACAAGGAUCCCAGGAAUUGGAUCCUUUGAAGAAUCCUUCCUACAAGCUGGUGGUCUCAGUGGAAGACAUGGGAGGCCUGAAUGAGCAUUCCUUUAGUGACAGCGCACCUGUGGUUAUUACGGUGAAGGAGAAUAUUUGGAAAGCGCCAGAACCUGUGGAGAUUGAAGAAAACUUGACUCAACCUUACCCCAUUAAAAUCACUCAGGUGCAGUGGAAUGAUCCAGGUGCUCUAUACUCCUUAGUGGGCAAGGAGAACACACCACGACUUCCAUUUUCGAUCGACCAGGAAGGAGAUAUUUAUGUGACUGAGCCCUUGGACCGAGAAGAAAAGGACGAAUAUGUUUUCUACGCGGUUGCAAGGGAUGAGCAGGGGAAACUACUCUCAAAACCACUGGAAAUUCAAGUGAAAGUGAAAGACAUCAAUGAUAACCCACCUACGUGUCCAUCUCCAGUGACUGUACUUGAGGUCCAGGAGAAUGAGCAAAUAGGGAGCAGUAUUGGAACUCUUAUUGCUCAUGACAUGGAUGAAGAAAACACUGUCAACAGUGUUUUAGAAUACAGAAUUGUGGAUCAAACUCCCAAAGUUCCUCGAGAUGGUCUGUUCCUGGUCCACACAUACCAUGGAACACUCCAGUUAGUGGUGCAGUCGUUGCACAAGCGGGACACUCCGCAGUACAACCUGACCGUAGAGGUGUCUAACGAAGACUUCAAGACCCUCUGCUUUGUGCAAAUCAACGUUAUUGAUAUCAACGAUCAGAUCCCCAUCUUUGAAAAGUCAGAUUAUGGAAACCUAACUUUCCCUGAAGACACAGCUGUGGGAUCUGUCAUCUUAACCAUCCAGGCCACAGACGCUGAUGAACCACAUACUGGGAGUUCUAAAAUCCUGUAUAGAAUUACACAGGGAGACAGUGACGGACGUUUGGAGAUUGAAACAGAUCCCCAAACCAAUACUGGAUAUGUCAAGCUUAAAAAGCCUCUUGAUUUUGAAACAGUCGCCAUUCAUAAUAUUGUCGUCCAAGCAGAAAAUCCCGAGCCUCUGGUGCCUGGCGUACAGUAUAACGCCAGCUCUUCUGCUACCUUCAGACUGACGGUGACAGACGUGAAUGAGGCCCCGCAAUUUUUCCAACAAGUAUUUGAAGCAACAGUCAGUGAGGCUGUGGCUAAAGGCACAAAAGUGGGCAACGUGACUGCCAGGGAUCCGGAAGGUCUGGACGUCAGUUAUUCACUGAGAGGCGACAAGAGAGGCUGGCUAAGAAUCGACCCCGUCACUGGUGAGAUCUUCAGUGCGGCGCCGCUGGACAGGGAAGCUGAAAGUCUGUAUCGGGUACAAGUGGUGGCAACGGAAGUAGGUGGAUCCUCCUUGAGUUCCACGGCACAAUUCCACCUGACCCUUACGGAUGUGAACGACAACGCCCCACGGCUGGUCAAGGAGUACACAGGCUUGUUCUUUUGCUAUCCCCUCAAAGCACCCGGAAGUCUCAUUUUUGAGGCCACCGAUGAUGAUCAACCGACAUUUCGGGGUCAACACUUUACGUUUUCCCUUGGCAGCGAAAGCUUACAAAAAGACUGGGAAGUUUCCAAAAUCAAUGGAACUCAUGCCCACCUCUCCACCAAGCACACGGGCUUUGAGGAGAGAGUUUACAACAUCCCAAUCCGCAUCAGUGAAGGUGGCCGACAACCCAUGGAAGGGACUGUCUCUUUAUCAGUUACUUUCUGCAAGUGUGUGGAAAAUAGGUGUUUCCAGCCAGCGGCUCACAUGCCUGGGAUACCCCCGGUGGGCAUGGCAGUUGGCAUACUCCUUGCCACCUUGUUGGUCAUUGGUAUAAUUUUAGCAGUGGUGUUUUUCCGGAUGAAGAGGGAUAAAGGCCAACAUAAUGCUGAAAGUGCUCAGGCAUCUGAAGUCAAGCCUCUGAGAAACUGA